AUGCUUGACGCCACAAUUCUCGUCCAACGACCAGGCUCUCGAGAGUUACCUUUAUUUGACGACUCACUGGCAUCGAUGUUUCAGUACAUUUCGGUGGAGAAAUUUCUUCGGUUGUUUGCUUGUUUCCUGUUAGAACAUCAGAUAUUGCUUUGUUCAAAAGAUUAUUCUCGUUUGAUGUGUGUUAGUGAAUCCCUAUGUGCACUGGCCUUUCCUUUCCGAUGGCAAAUGGUUUACGUGCCCAUAUUGCCUUAUUCCCAGCUGAAGUUCGUUGAGGCUCCUGUGCCAUACGUAAUGGGUUGGUGUUAUGAGGAGAGUGUACCGGAAUUUCUCUUUCAAUCGAAUGUGUGUGUACUUGAUAUCGACACGGGACGCACAGAAUUCCCCGAAGACCUUCCUUCGUUUCCUGGUGCUAAACAAUUGUGCCAGGAAAUCAAGUUGGCUAUAGAGAGGUACUCGACUUGGGAUGACAUGUCGAAAUCCGUUAUUGGUGGUGCAACACCUUCUGGUUCUCCAGCAGUCACAAACCGCAGUAAUAAUACUCGCCGAACCGAGGAAUGGUCAGCGAAACGGAUGAGCCGUUCUUUUGAUAGAGACGACGUCAUAGAUGAUGUUAUCAGUGAGUCAGUACUUCUUUCGCCACGCCCAUCUCGAGCUGACCUCACACCACUACCUUUAGAAGGCGUCUUGAAGAACAACUCCACCGUUGCCAGAGUAGCAGAGAUAGCUCGGCGUGCUGGCGUCCUUAUAGACGUUCAGGAUUUGGAGAACGAGUUGUCAUGUAAGGAUCAAUAUGCAAAUUCACCAGUUUGUAAACAGUAUUUCCAGAAUGCUCGACUCAAUAAUGCUAUUCGUGAAUGCGUUUUAAACAGAAUUGUGUGCAUGUUAUAUUCUUAUGAGCACUUUGUCGUUGGCGGGCAAGGUUGCACUGAUAGGGAAGCGUUUGACGACAGCAGGGAUAGUCUUGUCUGCUUUGACAAGGCCUCCUUUUUGUCUGACCAGCCCGACAGUCACUUAGCUUUCCUCGCCGCUUUCCUGGAAACACAGAUGUUUACAUCAUUAAUUGAUGCGAAGAUUCUCUCGCAGUGGGAAGCUCCUGAUGAAAAUUUGGUUCUUUUUGAUUCCCGCAUUGCUGCCAUGCGUGAGAAGCUUGGUCUUUCAAUGGUUCGCACGCCCACAUAUGAAUCGACACCUCCGUUUGCUCAUACAGAGGAAUUGAUUUCGAAGCGGGAGGAAACGUUGGACUACGUUGUGCCUGGUCCGCAUGAACUUGCUGGAGCUGUACCCAUGAGAUAUGAAGGCGUGCAAAGUUAUCAAAAGUCUGAACUAUUGAUGAAUGGUUUAGACAAUAGGUGGCUGUAA